AUGUUCCGCACAUUGAGGCCUUUGACCAAUCUGGGUGCGCGCCGCACCGUGAGCCGGGGCUUCCACUCGAGCCGUCCGGCGUUUGUCAAGGUCGGCGAUGAGAUCCCCAAUCUCGACGUCCUGGUGGAGGACUCUCCCGGCAACAAGGUCAACCUUGCCAAGGAGUUCUCGACCAAGGACGGGCUGAUCAUUGGCGUGCCCGCUGCCUUCUCGGGUGCGUGCUCGCAGUCCCACGUGCCCUCCUAUAUGAUGCACCCAAGCAUCAAAGACGUGGGCCAGGUGUUUGUCGUCUCGGUCAACGAUCCCUUUGUGAUGAAGGCCUGGGCGGAAGCCAUGGACCCAGCCAAGCAGACCAACUUUCGGUUCCUCGGCGACCCGACUGCUGCCUUCACCAAAGCCCUGGACGUUGCCUUUGACGGCUCGGCCAUCUUUGGCGGGCUUCGCUCCAAGCGCUAUGCGAUUCUUGUCGAGAAUGGCCGGGUCAAGUCGGCUGCCGUCGAGCCCGACAGCACCGGCACCUCGGUGAACCAGGGCACUACGCAGCCACAGCCAGCCCUGGAGGAGAGGAAGCAGGCAGCACCCGGCCGCCAAAAGCAAAAAAACGGGGCCCCUCCCCACCGCAUGACACAGUCUCCGACGAGCCCUCCAACGACACCCACCAUUCCGCCCACUACGCGAAAGCGCAAGGCCGCUGAGGCGACGAUAGCCUUUCCUCUCGAGGAGGCUCUUAGCAACAAGAAGAUCUUAGCCUCAGCCGCCCCCGACGCCGCCCCUCCCACCCCGCUGACAAACGUCUCCAACACCAUGGAUUCCGAAGACGACUUCAUCUCGGCCGCCUCCAGCGACGAUGACCUAUUGCAAGAUGAUAGUGACAACGAGGACUUGUCAGAUCCUGAAGGCUUCGACGACUUUGACGACGAGCCCGAGCCGGAUCUCGGCGUCAUCAAGGACUCGAUCCACGGGAAAAAGGUCCCUUACGAUAUCAACUUCACUGUUUACAAACCCGAGGACAUCCACAAGCAGCAAGAUGACCUCAUGGACGAGGUCAACAUGAUUCUGGAGAUGACCAAGGAGGACGCUGCCAUACUGCUGCGUCACUUCCGCUGGAAUAAAGAGCGCCUGAUCGAGGAUUACAUGGACAACCCGGCCAAGGUGCUCGAGGCCGCCGGGCUGGGUCCCGACGUGGGCGGCUCGCCACGGCUGCAGGCCGUCCCGGGCUUCGUUUGCGACAUCUGCUGCGAGGACGAGGAAGGCCUGCAGUCGUUCGCCCUACGAUGUGGCCAUCGCUACUGCGUAGACUGCUAUAGACAUUACCUAACACAAAAGAUUCGCUCCGAGGGCGAGGCCGCCCGCAUCCAGUGCCCGUCGGUCGGCUGCCACCGCAUCAUCGACGCCAAGUCCCUGGAUCUGCUCGUCACCCCGGAUCUGCAGGGCCGCUACCGCGAGCUGCUUGACAGGACGUACGUCGAGGACAAGGACACGCUGAAGUGGUGCCCGGCACCCGACUGCGCCAACGCCAUCGACUGCCCGGUCAAGAGAAAGGAUCUCGGCAGGAUAGUCCCCACGGUGGCCUGCGACUGCGGGCACCGGUUCUGCUUCGGGUGCAGCCACAGCGACCACCAGCCGGCGCCGUGCGAGCUGGUCAAGAGCUGGCUCAAGAAGUGCGCCGACGACUCGGAGACGGCCAACUGGAUCUCGGCCAACACCAAGGAGUGCCCCAGGUGCAGCUCUACUAUAGAGAAGAACGGCGGCUGCAACCACAUGACGUGUCGCAAGUGCAAGCACGAGUUUUGCUGGAUGUGCAUGGGCCUCUGGUCGGAGCACGGCACGAGCUGGUACAACUGCAACCGGUACGAGGAGAGGAGCGGCUCCGAGGCCCGCGAUGCCCAGGCCAAGUCGCGCGUCUCCCUCGAGCGGUACCUGCACUACUACAACCGCUACGCCAACCACGAGCAGUCGGCGCGCCUGGACAAGGACAUCUACCAGAAGACGGAGAGGAAGAUGGUGCAGCUGCAGACGGCGUCGGGCAUGUCGUGGAUCGAGGUGCAGUACCUGAACGCGGCGUCCCAGGCAUUACAGACGUGCCGGCAGACUCUCAAGUGGACGUAUGCCUUCGCCUUUUACCUGGCCCGCAACAACCUGACGGAGAUAUUCGAGGACAAUCAGAAGGACCUCGAGAUGGCCGUCGAGGCGCUGUCGCAGAUGUUUGAGAAGCCCAUCGGCGAGCUCAACGACUCGAAGCUCAAGGUGGAUAUUAUGGACAAGACGGCUUACUGCAACAAACGCCGCGUGAUUCUCCUCGAAGACGCUGCGGACAACUUGGCCAACGGUACGUGCUGGACCACAAGAACCCUCAGUCCCGCCCCCAUCCCCCCCCCUUGGUCCUGCAUUCCCUCCACGAUGAUCUUUGACGUGGUAAACUGA